CACCCGCCCGCCUGCGCCGACCGUCCAAGUUCUCCUUUGCUACGUGCACAAACCCAUCCGCUCGUUUUCUCCUUGUAAUGCGAUCCCUACUAAUCCCCCUCUCCGCCCUGCUCCUUUCCUCCGACCGCGCGCAAGCCGCCAUCUUCCCGCUGCAGGCCCGGACACGCUCAUGGCACACGCGCGCGGACGUGAACGCCUCGGCGACGAGCAACGGGACGAUCCCCGUGCACAACACCCACAACGCAGAGUACAUCAGCAACAUCACGCUCGGCGGCGUGAGCAUCCCCGUCAUGCUGGACACGGGCAGCUCGGACCUGUGGGUCGCGCAGAAUAUCCCUAACGCGAAGGACACUGGCAAGUCUGCGAAGCUUUCGUACGCCGUGGGGACGGCUGCUGGUGACAUUUAUACCGCACCGCUCGAGUUUGAUGGCUACACCGUACCAGACCAAGCGUUCAUCAUGGUCACGGACACCAAGUCCUUCUCGACCGACAUUAGCGCGCAAGGCUACAACGGCCUCGUCGGGCUGGGACCCAACUCCGGCUCGGUGAUCUACAAAGAGAUCGACAACGCCUCAGGCGACACGAUGCUCAACCGCAUCUUCUCGCAAAACAAGACCUCCUCCAACUUCAUCUCCUUCCUCCUCUCGCGGCUCGGCGACCCGACGGACACGAUCCCCGGCGCGUUCACCAUCUCCGAGGUCGUGCCCGGCUACGAGAACAUCACGAGCAUGCCCAAGAUCGCCGUCGAGAAGGUGCACCGGCUCACGAACGCGGACCAGCACUGGCAGAUCUACACGGACAAGAACGGCGUGAUCGGGCCGGACGGGCAGCCCAUCGCGGUCGACUCGAUCGUACCGAGUGCGCCGGACGGGCAGCUGGUCGCGGUGCUCGACUCGGGGUUCACGCUCCCGCAGGUGCCGCGCGCGAUGUCGGACGCGAUCUACGGGCGCGUGCAGGGCGCGGUGUACGACGAGGACAGCCAGGUGUGGACGGUGCCGUGCGACCAGCUGCUCCAGAUCUCGUUCAAGUUUGGCGGGGUGACGUACCCGGUGCACCCGCUCGACACGGCGACGAGCGAUUUCAACUACACGGACGCGACGGGCAAGGCCAUGUGCAUCGGCGCGUUCCAACCUAUCACCAGCGCGUUCAGCCUGCUCGGUGAAUACGACAUGAUCCUCGGCAUGGCCUUCCUCCGCAACGCGUACACGCUCCUGGACUUUGGCGACUUUGUCGAAGACACCGCGGAAGACACGGGCGACCCCUACGUGCAGCUCCUCCCGCUCACCGACGCCGCGCAAGCCAAGAGCGACUUCAUCGCCGCGCGCCUGAACGGCGUCGACACGACCGGCGACGCCGCGCACGCGCUGCUGCCCGCGUCGCAGAUGAAGCACUCGCCGGAGACGGAGGAGGAGAAGAAGAAGGCGCGCGAGGAGGAGAUCCUGAGCCGCUGGCCGUACAUCCUCGUCGGGUGCCUCGCGUUCGUCGCGCUGAGCGUGGGGCUGUGCGUCUGGCGGUGCUGCUGCCGCCGCGGGAAGAAGGGCGGCAAGGGCGCGAAGGGCGGGAUUCUGGGCGGGGGGCUGAAGGGCAAGCCGGUGUACCAGCCGCUGAGCGAGCCCGCGCCGCCGGCCAUGAAUAUGCAGCCGAUGGGGCAGAGCGCGUAUUCGGAUCCGUAUGGGCGGAGGUGAGGGGAGGUGAAGGAGUGUGCUGCUGCUAUGCUGUUUAGUUUACCAGUUUGUAAGGUACCCCGGGUGGGCGAUGGACCUUGUCGGGUGCGCUUGCGGGUGGUUGUUGUAUAUAUAUAUACACCGGAUUUAAUGCAAGGCGACCUCGCGACCAAAUAUUACUGCUCAUAAGCAAAAGAACGAGGUAAUGUAUAUUACAGGAACAAGAUCCGCUACCCGACGUCGACGGCUAGCCGUCUACUUGUUCCCGACCAUCGUGCGAUAGUCAAACGCUGACGCCCAACCAGGCGAGCACGUUCUGGAGCUUAUCGUACCCCCUCUGGCCGCUGAGCCCGCCGACGACGAUGAUAAAGUGGGCGAGGCCGGCGGCGACGAUGAAGGUGACGACGCUGGUGGCGGAGUACAUGCUGUUCUUGGCGUCGCCGACGUCCAUGAGGGGCUUCGGCGGGGGGAUGUUCGUCACCCAGCGGCGGUCGUCGUCGC